AUUACUUUGAAAACAUUAACAUUAAAUACUCCCCUAGAUAGUCUUUAAAGUGAUUCUCAAAUAAGCCAUAUAUACUAACCUUUCAAUGACCAACUGGUUCCUCCUCCUCUCCACACUCCACCCAGGAAUCAUGGCAUUCGUAGCUGCCAGCCACCGCCUCAGCGGCCUCAGGAGACACAGUGAAAUCGCAAAACGCGUCUCAGUUCCCUGCUUUUCCACCGUAGCUCAACCCAGUUCUUCGCCUGAGACGCCCCUGGAACCAGUUCCUGAUUCCCCUUCUCCCAUUUCCCUGUUAGUCUCACUUCUCCGGAACUCAGACCCACAAGAUUGGAGUACCAAUCUGGAGCUCCAUGAGUUCCUGCGCAGUUCUCCUUCUCCCAACUCCGUUCUUCAAAUCUCCCGUCAAUUGGGAACGGCCGAGAAGGCGCAGCAGUUCUUCGACAUCUUCAGAGCCCAGACUUCACCUUCUCCCCAUCACUCAUUUUCCGUAUCCCUAGCGUUCCAAGCUAUUCUCGAGCACACAUCCCGGGAGUCUGGGAGCUCACCCGCUAAGCUUUACGAGCUUUUUUGCUCUCUUAAAGAGAUUGGAAUCCCCCUGUCUAUCAAUUCUGCUAUGAUGCUGAUUCGUUGCUUUACAGGAGCCGGAAUGUUCCAGGAAUCCGUACAUGUUUUUGACGAACUUUGCCCAGAAUCGAGGAACGAAAUUGUGGUGAAAACGCUUCUGGUUGCUUUGGUCAGAGGGGGGUGUAUUGAUUAUGCUCUGAAGGUGCUCGACGAAAUGCUCCAACCUGGCAUGCUUUUCCGGCCCAACCAGAACACAUUGGAAAUGCUGCUGUCUGAGAUUUGGAGGACGGGCGGGAGAGGCACAGAAGCUUCGAUUGGUGAGGAUGGAAUAUAUGAGCUUGUUUCAAGAUUUGGAGACCACGGGCUGUUCCCUGGUGAUAUCUGGACAUGUAAAUUGGUGAACAGGUUUUGCUGGGGUGGUAGAUGUUAUAAAGCUUGGGACUUUCUUCACAAUAUGAUGAGGUCCGGGGCUUUGGUGAGUACCCGUGCUUGCAAUGUCAUUCUGACAGGGCUUGGCAAGAAGCACGAUUUUCAGAAAAUGAACAUGCUUACAAGGGAGAUGAAGGAAAAAGGGAUUGCACCGAAUGUGGCAACAUUUGGGAUUCUGAUCAACCAUUUGUGUAAGCUCCGUAGGGUCGAUGAGGCAUUGCAGAUUUUUGAAGAGAUGAAGGGUGGGAAUGAAGGCAUUCCUUCUGUUCACCCUGAUACAGUCAUCUACAACACUCUGAUUGAUGGGCUGUGCAAAGUUGGGAGGACAGAAGAAGGGGUGGCUUUGAUGGAAAAGAUGAGGUGGGAGGAGAAUGGGUGUGCCCCUAAUGCUGUUACCUAUAACAGUCUGAUCAAUGGGUUUUGCAAAGUCGGAGAGAUUGAGACUUCUGUCAAUCUCUUCCUCCAAAUGACAAAAAAUGGAAUAGUACCAAGCAUGAUUAGCUAUAAUACUCUGCUUGAUGGCAUGUGCAAGCACGGAAGGGUUGGUAGCGCAAUGGAUUUCUUCAACGAAAUGAAGGAGAAAGGUGUUAGGGGGAAUGCAGUUAGUUACACCAUACUCAUUACGGCUUUCUCCAGUGUCAAAAAUAUUGAGAAGGCAAUGCAAUUAUUUACCGAAAUGACAGAAAGCAGAUGUCAUGUUGAUGCAGUCGUAUACUACAGCCUGAUAUCCGGGCUAAGUCAGGCUGGAAGAAUGGACGAUGCUUGCCUUGUUUUGUCAAAGAUGAAAGAUGCGAAUUUUUCGUUAGACAUAACCGGCUACAACAUUCUCAUUGCUGGGUUUUGCAGGAGGAACAACUGGGAAAAGGUUCAAGAGUUGCUUCAAGAAUUAGAGCAAAAUGGAAUCAAGCCUGACUGUGUCACAUUCAACACACUGAUAUCAUUCUUUUGUAAGAAAGGGGACCUCCCGAAAGCCCAAAGAUUGAUGAAGAAGAUGAAAGAGGAUGGCAUGGUACCCACAGUCGUCACUUAUGGAGCAUUAAUUCAUGCAUAUUGCGCGGGUGGUAAAAUGGACGAAGCCAUGAAACUGUUUGAGACCAUGUGGUUGAGCUCCAAAGUGUUGCCCAAUACAGUGAUAUACAACAUAUUGAUAGAGUCACUAUGCAAGAGUGACAAAGUUGAAGAUGCUCUCUCUUUGAUGAAUGAUGAUAUGAAGGCCAAGGGUGUCAUGCCUAAUACGACCACGUAUAACUCAAUCUUCAAAGCUCUCCGAGAGAGAAACUGGUUCGAAAGGGCUUUUGAACUAAUGGACCAAAUGUCUGCAAGCCUCUGCGAUCCUGAUUAUGUUACCGUGGAAAUUCUCACCGAAUGGCUCCCUGCCAUUGGCCAAACUGACAAGUCUCGAUCUUUUGUCGAAGGACAUCAGGUUUCAAACUCUGGUGUGUGAUGGGUUAACAGAUAUUUCAAUUUAAGACUUGAUUCUAAACCAAGAUUACACCUUUAUUUUAAGCUUAACAACUAUUCGGUAGGUAUAUCGAUGGGAUUGUUUCUUCCAAUUGGAAAGAGGUUAGCAGUGUGUACAAAUCAUAUGCUCCAUGUUUGUAUGUGUCCACAGAUAACGUUACGUUGAAUAAAACACGGAGCGUCUAACAUUUUUUUCUAAGAUAUUCGUGUGAGUUUUGUGUUUCAUCCUCAAGUUUGUACACUGCAAAAUCCAAAACAAGCAAGAAAAGGUACUUCCUUUC